UAUUUUUCCAUAGAAAUGCAUACAGGAGAACUCAAUGCUAUUCCUCUUUUCUUUUUUCUGAUCUUGUUUCUCUUAGGGAUUGCCAUCGGCAUCUUGGUUCGAGAAUACAGCAAGCUGUCUAGUCUGGAGAAGUUCUACUUUGCUUUCCCCGGGGAAAUUCUAAUGAGGAUGCUGAAACUCAUCAUUUUGCCGUUAAUUAUAUCCAGCAUGAUUACAGGUGUUGCUGCCCUGGAUUCCAGCGUAUCUGGGAAAAUUGGUCUACGUGCCGUUGUCUAUUAUUUCUGUACCACGAUCAUUGCUGUGAUUCUAGGCAUCGUGCUGGUGGUGAGCAUCAAGCCUGGUGUCACCCAGAAAGUGGAUGAGAUUGACAGGACAGGAAGCAGCCCUGAAGUGAGUACGGUGGAUGCCAUGUUGGAUCUGAUCAGGAAUAUGUUCCCGGAGAACCUUGUCCAAGCCUGUUUUCAGCAGUAUAAAACCAAGCGUGAAGAAGUGAAUACUCCCAGUGAGCCUGGGAUGAACAUGACCCAAGCAUCUGUCACAGCCAUCAUGACAACUGCCAUUUCCAAGAACAAAACAAAGGAAUACAAAGUCGUAGGCAUGUAUUCAGACGGCAUAAACGUCCUGGGCUUGAUUGUCUUUUGCCUCGUCUUUGGACUUGUCAUUGGAAAAAUGGGAGAGAAAGGACAGAUUCUGGUGGAUUUCUUCACUGCUCUGAGUGAUGCAACCAUGAAAAUCGUCCAGAUCAUUAUGUGUUACAUGCCACUUGGCAUUUUGUUCCUGAUUGCCGGGAAGAUCAUAGAGGUUGAAGACUGGGAAAUAUUCCGCAAGCUGGGCCUUUACAUGGCCACCGUCCUGAGUGGGCUGGCAAUCCACUCCAUCGUCAUUCUCCCGCUGAUCUAUUUCAUAGUCGUUCGGAAGAACCCUUUCCGGUUCGCCAUGGGAAUGGCCCAGGCUCUUCUGACGGCUCUCAUGAUCUCUUCCAGUUCGGCCACACUGCCUGUCACUUUCCGCUGUGCCGAAGAAAAGAACCAGGUGGACAAGAGGAUCACUAGGUUUGUGCUGCCCGUUGGGGCUACCAUCAACAUGGAUGGGACUGCGCUCUACGAAGCGGUGGCGGCUGUGUUUAUCGCACAGUUGAAUGACCUGGACUUGGGCAUCGGGCAGAUCAUCACUAUCAGUGUCACGGCCACGGCCGCCAGCAUCGGAGCCGCGGGGGUGCCGCAGGCCGGCCUGGUGACCAUGGUGAUCGUGCUGAGUGCCGUGGGCCUGCCCGCCGAGGACGUCACCCUCAUCAUUGCUGUCGACUGGCUCCUGGAUCGGUUCAGGACCAUGGUGAACGUCCUUGGCGAUGCGUUCGGGACGGGCAUUGUGGAGAAGCUCUCCAAGAAGGAACUGGAGCAAAUGGAUGUUUCAUCUGAAGUCAACAUCGUGAACCCCUUUGCCUUGGAAUCCACAAUACUGGAUAACGAAAACUCAGACACCAAGAAGUCCUAUGUCAACGGAGGCUUUGCGGUAGACAAGUCCGACAGCAUCUCGUUCACCCAGACCUCACAGUUCUAGAACCCCUGGCUUCAUAGGACCAGGAACAAUGAAGGACAUCUCCCUGAGAGUCAUCUCUUAGCAAAUUCAAACAUUCAGUAAGGAGAAGAAACACACUGAUGGCCAAUUGUACAUUUGAUUUGAUAUAUAGACCUCCAGAUUAUUUUCUAUGUUUGGAUUCACCGCUUUUGCUCUCCAGGUGGGGUACCAUGAAAGAAAACAGAUUAAAAGGAAAGCUGUAUUGUCUGCAAUGUAAAAAUUCUAUGAGAAAGUUUGGAAGUAGGUAGAGUAGUAACUAUUGGAUUAGGUAAUGGGUGUGGAAGAAAACUUGCUUUCUCAUACGCAGUCCAGUGUUUGGGUUUUUUUUUUAAAAAGACUCCUUAAUUACAAAUUUUUACUCAAGCUUUCUAUUGGCAUGGAUUUCCUUUGACUUCUCACAUUUUUAUAGAUUAUAAUGCAUAUAAAUACUACCACUGCUGCCCCCCCCCCCCAUUUAAUGUGCCAAAUUGUCCGUUUUUAACUCAUCUCCAGCCAAUGUCAAAGAAACUAUUUUGAAGGAAAACAGACCAGCACAGUUCUGCAAUAACAGUUUCAAGACGGGUGAGGGGUGUUGCAGGAAGGGAGAAGGGUUCUUUUUUCAAUGUACUGUAUUGGAACACUGGUAACUGGUAACCCAGUGUUCAGUAUAGAGCUAGAUAUAUAUAUAGAUAUGUAUAUAUUUAUUAUUUUCAUAUAAGUUGCCAGACAGAGAUCAGAAUUGAACUGUCAAUGGGAAAUAAAGAGCUCUCCUUGUACUUGAAUAAUAACUACGAUUUCAAUCCAGAUCUGCUUUGGGGCUUAUCCCAACUCCUCUCUCAGGAGCACGAGAAUGAAAAAUUGUGUUGUCUGUUCCACGUCUGUGUACCAGCCUCAUAGCAGACGUGUAUUAUGGUGAUAUGGUAAGGUGGCCGUUCAUGUACAACUUCUAGACUCUACUGCUGGGAAGGAAUCCAUAUCGGCUCUAUAUAAGAUAGUAUGAAGAUGUGUCACUCACCUAAGGCUGGAUGUGUUUUUAUCCAACUGGAAGGCUUCAUUCUUCCAAGGUCAGUUACACCCACUCAAAAAAUGACGAUUCUUUGCCAUUUCGUACCCAUCAGGGCCCAAACAACAGUGGCAAACUACCAGCUAAACUGUACUUUAAUAUGGUUUUGGUGGAUGGAACAAGUCACCCUGGCCGGAAAAGCACCGUCCUUACCCUGGAUUCUUGCAGAGUAAGUCCACGAGUUGAUCCCCACAACACGAGAUGUUGGUAUCUGUGGUUCAGGGAAAUUCUUCCAUUGUAUCAAACUUGUCUCCUCCUGAAGGGACGAUUGUCCUAACUGGUUAAUCUAGUCACCUCGGCCCUGCUUAAUUAAAAUCCAUGUCCGGUCAUUCUUCUAAUUUAUGAAGAUAGCUUAUUAAAAAGUAUGCUUCAGCACUCAUCUUGUAAAUAAACACUGAACAGAAAAACUUGUAUUUACAAUGAGAUCCAGAAUAAUCCUGUUUCUGCAGUAUUGAGUAGCCAGUUUAAGCCUGCGCUUUUCUAUCAAAGAAACUAGAAACUGUCCCAAAGGUACAGGGAAAGUAAAUAAAUGCUCAGUGUUGACCACCUGUCCCUGAAAUCUACAAGAGAGUGAUACUGGAUUGUCAUGUAAACACCGCAAAUAUGGACCAGCGACUGAUUCCACGUGCGUUUUAAAUUGCAAAUACCGGGGGUGUUCACUGGAGGUAAAUCUAACUAUCAACGCAACUGUAUUCAUAACUUAUCUCAGGCCCGAGAGGUCCUACCCCCUUGGCCGUUUGUCUCCGACUGGAGGCACUCAAGUUGGCAGAGCUGUUUGUGACCUGUAGGUCAUCCUAAUUUUGGAGUGAGUUUGUAACCAGCCUCUUAACACACUGUGCUGUUAACUCAUAAAAAGAAACCAAUGUUCCAUUUCAGUCUCAAUAAAUACUUCCGUCAUUCUU